AUGUCUACUAUGUUGUCUGCUGCGAACGCAGCUUCUACGUUUACCGCAGAGGAGUUGCUUACCCUCGAUGACGAGCUGCUCUUCAAUUAUGUAAAGCAUAGCUUGCAGUUUGAGGGCGGAUUCGACAUCUUCAGUUCCUCCGGUGCCGACACGCUGUCUGAGCCCCAAAGACUUGCCCUCUUCGCAAGGUUGACAGCCGCCGCACACCGAGUGCAGGAUGUAGAGAGAGCCUGCAUGACCCGCACCCGCACACUGUUGAGCCACUUGACUAUCGCACCUCCUGGCGGAAACGGCUCUCGUAAAAAUACAGGGUGGGAAUCCCCCAAGGCUAUAAGAGAUCGUCUCGAGUCGAUAUAUCGCAAGGAGGUCCUUGACAUCUGCGGCAGGCCCGUGGUUCUCGAUAAUUCGUCGUUAACUCCAACGCAGCGAGCGAGACUCCCAUGGGUAAAAUCGUUAAGGAACAACGUGCCGGUGAUGCUCGAGGCACAAGCGGAUCGCUGGUGGGAGUUUGUCAGGUGGCAGGUUGACCGCCGAGGCUGUAAAGUUGAAGACUUUGGCGACUAUGGAUUCUAUGCCUAUGCGGCGGCACAGCAGCUUAGACACUCAUUACACAAUUUCACUCAGGAGUUCCAAUUAAAAGCCGACCCGCGCCAACAAGACGCCUGGACAACGUGGGUCGAGUAUCUUGGCUUUGAGUACUGGGAGGCAGACAGGCUCGCUGCUUCGCUAAGGAUCUCGGAACAGCAUUACAACAGUGCCUGGAAAGCCUUUUAUCCUACCAGUCCACUUCAUCUUAUGGUGCCAGAAAUACGAAGAGUUUAUGAGGAUGUGAGCCUUGAGCAGCGGCUGGCCAAAACGCAACAUGAUCUUGAGGCCAUGCGGGUACGGGUACAAACUUUUAUUUUAAAUACUAUCCCCCACCGACGCAACAAGGAGUUGAUUCGCGAACAAGGCAUCCUGACACAAUGGGUCCUGAAGCAGGUGCAUUUGAUCGAGGCAGAAGAUGGAGAAGGCAAGGCGCCAGCCAACAAGAAAAGAAGCCGAACUGAGGACGAGGAAGCCGAGGCCAGGGAGGGAGGACAUGAUCUGAAGAGAUGGAGACAAGGUGAUGCCGCAAGUGAAGACAGUGAAGACAGUGAAGGCAGUGAAGGCAGUGAAGGCAGUGAAGGCAGUGAAGACAUCGAAGACACAGUUCAACAACCGGUUUCUCAGUAA